UAGCGCCAGCCAGGUAUCACCAGCGUAGCACAGCAGAGCAGAGCAUAAGCUAUUCCCUGCGGGACGCCCAGAUACAACGCGCACUAUCCAUUGUCUACCCCGUGUCCGACCACCAAUUACAAACAUUGUAUUUUGAAGGAGAAAUCUCUUUUAGAACAGCAAGAGAGGACGGAAGGAAGCAAAGAAUAAAAAAGAAAGUGAGGCAACUUUCUAAUAAGCAGUACACAUUAUUUUUUUGUCGAAACAAGGUUAUUACAGACCCAAUUAAAGGUAUUUUAAUCCAUAUUGUGGAACUGGAGUCCCUUACCUAAUAUAUCCAACUAAUAACUUGUACAGAAAUUAAAUUUUUAACAGAAAUCCAAUAGAUUAACUUUACAUACCCAUAUAUUAAAAUUGCUAACUAUGUCAGGAUCAUUUUGGAAGUUCAGCAAUGGGUACACUUCACUUUCAAACGUACUGACUCUUUUGGAGCAGUAUACAUCUGCCAAGAAUGAAUUGAGUGAUGAUGAUGAAGCCUUGGAAGAUUCAGAGAAUUCAAUUGAAAGCGUCUUGGAAAAACUUUUGGAUGAGAAUGAUUUACUUCAAGAACUUUUAUCUAACAAUUCAAUGUUGUUGGAGUUUUUAAGAGACGAUCAAGUUUUGUCAUUAUUGGUUGCUUUAGUGGUGAAUGAAGGUAAAGCAAAGGAAGAAGAAGACAAACAGGAGAAUGAAGAAGGAAAGGAAACAGAUGAUAAAGAUGUAGAAAAUGAAGAAGCAGUUGGUGAAGAAAAUAAGAAAGAUCAUGAAGAGGAAGAAGAAGACUCAGCUGAUAAUAAUGACGAAAAGGAUAAGCAUCAAGUCAAGGAAGAUGACGAAAAUGAUAUUGGAGAAGAAAUAGAUUCUGUUGAAGAUUCAUUUGAUAAUCAGUCAGUAGAAGAAGACUCAGCCGAUGAUUCAGAAACAGAGGCUGAGAAACAAACCCGUCAAGCUACAUUGGCGGCAGAAAUCCUCUCUGCUGACGUUUGGUCUCUCACUGAUACUGUGAUGGAAUCAACGGCUAACCUUAACACACUUUGGGCAGUACUUGAUUCACCAUCUCCUCUUUCAAUUAAUCUUUCAACAUAUUUCAUGAAGAUUAUGGAACACUUGUUGGACAUGAAAUGUGAUGAAAUGAUAACAUAUCUUAUUGACAACCAACCUAGACUUGUUGCCAAAUUCAUGAACCAUUUAUCAAACCCACCAUUGAUGGAUUUUUUACUUAAACUUAUCUCUACCGAUAAACCAGACAAUUCUACUGGAAUAAUAGAUUUCUUACAGAAACAAGGAUUGAUAGGGAAAUUAAUUUCUUCAUUGGAUGUCAGUUAUAUUCCAACCAAUGACGAGGUGGAUAAUCUUCCAGAGGCUGUUGAAAUCAAUGGAGUUACGGAACCUGAGGCUUUAUUAAUGAGACAAUCAUCAGCAGCAGAUUUCCUUAAGGCACUUAUUACCAUUUCAGCAAACUCCACCACGGACAACUCCAGUAUUGGGCCAAAUGAACUUACAAGGGAACUUGUAUCUCAUGAACAAAUGUUGAAGUUGUGUAACAUUAUGUUGAAGGGAGAUUAUGCAUUGGCAAAUGGGGUAGGAAUUAUCAUUGAAAUCAUUCGCAAAAAUAAUUCAGAUUAUGAUUUACUCCCAGUGUUGUAUAUUACUCUUGAGAGUCACCCUCCAACUGGUAGAGAUCCUAUAUAUUUAGGACAUCUUUUGAAAGUAUUUGGUGAAAACAUUGAUAAAUUUAACCAAUUACUUCUCAAGUCACCUUCAUCUAAAUCCAAUGAUUCAUUACUGAUUGAUCAAUUGAAAAAUGGGAAAUUGAAGACUCCAUUUGGAGAAAUUGAACCUUUAGGGUUUGAAAGAUUUAAAAUCUGUGAAUUGAUUGCAGAAUUGCUUCAUUGUAGUAACAUGGCACUUUUAAAUGAUAAUAAGGGAUUCAACAUUGUAAAGGAAAGAGACCAAUUGAGAGAAAAUAUGAAGGAAUAUGAUCCAAUCAGUUUCAAAUACAAUGAAGUUAUAGUCUUACCAAAUGAAUGGGAAGCCGAAAGGGCCAUACCAUCUGAAAAGAAUGAAACGGACCAAAAUGAUGAUGAUAAUGAUGAUCUUACUAAAGUUGAUAAUGACGUUCAUGAAUUAGACAGAUCCAUUCAAGCUCUUCAAGUUGAAGACGAUAUGGUGGAAAAAGUUGAAGAUGUUGCCGAUGAAGCUAACUACGAUGAUGACGAGAGUGAAGACCCUCAUAAGGACACAGUAGAUUCUUUCAAUUCUAAGGAUACCUCAUUCCAAUCGCAGCUUCAAGAAGAUGAAGAAGAAACACAUGCUAAUGCCAACCUUACAGAAGCGCAGAUUCGUGCCAAACCAGUUAUUGGUGAUUUCUUGAAAAUUUCCUUGUAUGACACUCAAAUUGUUUCUAAUAUUUUAACUAUGUUUUUCAAAUUCCCAUGGAAUAACUUCUUGCACAAUGUUGUAUUCGACAUUGUUCAACAAGUUCUCAACGGGUCUAUGGAUAUUGGAUUCAACAAGUUUCUUGCUAUGGAUUUAUUUGAUCGUGGUGAUAUUACUUCCAAGAUCAUCCGUGGACAAAAGGAAUGUACUCAAUAUGAAGUUUCUCAUAAUGGGUUAAGAUUGGGAUACAUGGGUCAUCUUACUUUAAUUGCGGAAGAAGUUGUUAAAUUCAUUCAACUUUAUCCAGCCAACUCUUUAAGUGAGUUGAUUGACGUCAAGGUUGAAGAUGAAGUAUGGGAAGAUUAUGUGAGUCAUGUUCUUUUCGACACCCGUGAAAAGUAUAACGCUAUUCUCGGGGGUGGUGAAGAUGACGAAGAUGAGAGUGCUUCAAAUACCUUUGAUGAAGGUGUUGGCGAAAUCCUUGAAGAUGAAGAUGAUGAAGGACACAAGGGCGUUGCGAUGGAAACUAAUGGUCUUGUUUUCGAUUCUGAAGUUGACCACGACAUAAUAGGUAGUGGAUAUGAAGAAUACGAUGGCAAGACUUCUAAUGCCAGAGAUACUGUAUCAUCCAGUGAUGAAUCAGAAUCUGAAGAAGACGAUGACCAUUUUUCUAAUUACAUGUCACUGCAAUUAACCACCGCAGAAACAAACUUACCUUCACCAACCACGAAAUUAUCUGACGAAGAAGAAGAAGAAUCCAGUGAGGAAGAAAACGAUGUUAUUCGUGGACCUUCACCAGUAUCUGUAGCUUCUGCAUCUUCCUUUGACGAUGAUUACAUCGAUCCAAACGACGAUGGACUCUCUUACAAGAAGGCACAUCCACUCUACGACACACAGGGAAGCCUUAUUGGCGGGCCCGAUGACGAUGAACUUAGCGAGGACUCGUCGUCGUCUUCCGACGAAGAAUUGAUAGAUACGAUCGCUGAUAAUGCUAAUGAAAAAGACACAGGUAACAAGCUUACCAGGGCGGCGAGUAAAAGUUAAAUGUCGUCCAAUCAAUAAAUGACCUCCGUCAAUGAAUCCAUGAUAAAAAAGGGAAAAGAAAAGAACGCUUUACAGUUUUUUAUGUAGGAUAUUCUUUAUUACUUACCAGUGCACAGCACAGCACAUAAUACAUAUAUAUAUAUACAUAUAUAUAAAUAUUUUCCAAAAACUAAAAG